UCAGCCCCGAUUACACGGACCGGGUGACCCUGGCUCAGGCAGCAUGAUCAACGAUCAUGGCAGCCCAGUCCCCGUGUGCCCUUGGCCCAGCUCCCGCUGCCCGGUGGCCUCCACCGCCUCUCAGCUUCUUCAGGGUCACAGAGAAAACUUUCCCCAAGUAGAAGUUUGAGAAGAGGAAUGCUGAGAGCAUGGGGGCGGAUCCCCGCUGAGCGGCAGCCUGACAGCAAGCCAAUCAGAUGCCUGGGCCUCCUGCCAAUCUCGCCAACCUGUCCAAUCCCGACUGUGCCAUUGCUAAACUCUAUGCCCCCACUGUGCGCCUCCAAUGCUGCUGCGCUCUCUGCCAAUCGCUGGAGGACAGAGUGGGAAAAGGAGCAGGCAGAGUUGGGAGCCAGACAAAAGAAGUUAAAGAGCCGCUUCCUCUGCCCAUGUUGGUGCAGGAUGGUAGCGGGGGGAACAUAACAACAGGCAGAGUGGAUGGAGCUGAUGGUGUAGGAAUGGAGCCCCCUAUGAGCAAGAGGAGUCAGACUCUGAGGUUAGCGGAUUUGGCAGCGGCUCAAGCCCACCCUCACCAGACUCUGACAGGCUUCCCGGGGCUGGGGAGUCACCAAGCUCACUCCCUCCCUGCCCACAUCCACCCAGGGGAGUUGGGGAGUGACCCUGGAGUCGCCCUGACUCCAUUCGGACCUGAGCACAUGGCCCAAGCCAGUGCCCUGAAACUCAGCCCCUCGCAGCACAUGUCAGCGCACCCCGAGGCUCAGACCGCGGCUGCCUUCGCUUCUCCGGCCACGGUCAGCUACCCCCACCCCGGCUACACUGCCAGCAGGGAGUUCAUCCUCAGGAGGGAGCUGUCCGCCUCUGCCAUGCUGGGGGAGCAGCACCCGGCUACCGGCUCCCCCCAUCACCAUCACCACCACCACCCACACAGCAUGUUCAUCUCCUCCACUGGCACCUACGGGCACUCGGAGGGGGGCAGCCACCCUCUCUUCCCGGGCAUCCACGAUCAGACAGCCCCGGGAGUGCACCACCCUCUCAAUGGACAGAUGCGGCUUGGCUUGGCCGGGGAGCUGUACGGGAGAGCGGAGCCCUUCAGACCCGAGCACUAUGCAGCCUCCUCCAUCCACAGCUACAACUCUAUGAACUUAAAUGUCAACCUGGCAGCUGCUGCCGCCCACCCAGCCGCUGCAGGGGCGUUCUUGCGGUACAUGAGGCAGCCCAUCAAACAGGAGCUCAUCUGCAAGUGGAUCGAUCAAGACCAGACCUCCAAAAAGACCUGCUCGAAAACUUUCAGCACCAUGCACGAGCUGGUGAACCACGUCACGGUGGAGCACGUCGGGGGCCCCGAGCAGAGCAGCCACGUCUGCUUCUGGGAGGAAUGUCCCCGGGAGGGAAAGCCAUUCAAAGCCAAGUACAAGCUGGUCAACCACAUCCGAGUGCACACGGGGGAGAAGCCCUUCCCCUGCCCCUUCCCCGGCUGCGGCAAGGUCUUUGCCCGCUCAGAGAACUUGAAGAUCCACAAAAGAACUCAUACAGGAGAGAAACCAUUUAAAUGCGAGUUUGAUGGUUGCGACAGGAAGUUUGCCAAUAGCAGUGACAGAAAGAAGCACUCUCAUGUGCACACCAGUGACAAGCCUUACUACUGUAAAGUCAGAGGCUGUGACAAGUCCUACACCCACCCCAGCUCCCUGAGGAAGCACAUGAAGAUCCACUGCAAAUCUCCUCCAGGCUCCCCAUCAGCUCUGGGUUACUCUGCAGUAACCGCUUCAAUAGAUGACUCAAUGUCCCCAACUCAGGACCAAGUCAGGGGACGCUCUGCCAAUCUAUCCCCUCAGGUUACCAACCUCAAUGAGUGGUAUGUGUGCCAGGCCAGUGGGGUCCCUAAUAACCUACACACGCCUUCCAGCCAUGCUGAUUCCACAGAUUCCGAAAAUGAAGACACUUAUAGGAACUCUGAGAGAACUAUAAGAUAGACACUGCUCCAAACAUGGACUUUACCUAACUGUUGCCUACCCCAACCUUGACUGAUGGACCAGAUAACACAGAUGUUACUUUUCGGGGAUCCCCAAUAUUUAUUUUGUAGAAGUCCAUAAGUUCCUCCCACACUUGAAAAUGUUACUAUACUGUACUUCAAGAAUUUAGCCACAAAAUGGCAUCUUCAACAAACUGGUUGUUUUCUUGGUUAGAUGCCCAGCGAUACCAAUAAGGAUAAACAGCUCUACAUUCACUGCCAAUGCAAUGCAUUUUUAUUAGCUGGCUGGAUGCUAUACAGAGUGACAGUUGUCACACGUCAGAUCACUCUGGAGGCUUCAGUUUGAUCAGGCUCAGUUUUGUAAUGGCGCCUUGGCUGCAGAGCACCACCUGCUGAACAGGAAACAUGCUAUAGACUAAAGCGUGCCCACAGUUUACCAUUUAUACCAAUAGCAGAAUUGCUGUCUUCUUGGAUUCGUGAUUUCACUGCCUCCUCCCCUCCCUCUAUUUCAGAUUGCUGCCUGAGCUCUACAUUUGGUAACCAUCCAGUAACACAAUCAUAGUAUACAAAACAAUGAUCUCCACUUUUCACAAACGACGACCUUGUUUUAUAUAAGGACUUGAAAGAGAUAUUUUUUUCCAUAUUGCUAAGUUAUUUAUUAUUGUAAAAAGAUACCGUCCCACUGACAUAUUUUUGUUUUGACAGGAUGUAUUACUGAAUCUGAUCUGAUGUGCAUUAAAUGUAAUAAUCAACAUCAGAUUUAAAACUUUCAUAUCCAAUGUGUUAUAGAAUGCUUUCCAGAAGUUAAUAGGAAUCAAAUCACAAACUGGUUUCACUUAAAGGAAUAGUUUAUUUUCAUAAUUUCAUAAAGAAUCUUAACAGUGUAUUAACCUCGUUUCAACUAUAAUUACAAAUUGUAAUGAAAGUGAGUGGGAAAAUUACUUUGGAAAAUUAUAUUUAACGAUACAUUAAGUCAUGCACAGAAUGUGUAAUAUUCCAAACGUGUGCACAUUAUGGUGAAAUCCCGUGUUCAUGUAUAUGUGUGUGGGUGGGUGUUAUAUAUAUAUAUAUAUAUAUAUAUAUAUAUAUAUAUAUAUAUAAGACGAAUACCAUAUGUAUCACUCAAAAUGCAAGUAGCAGAAUAUGAUUGAGUUUUGGGUUCUUAUCUCUUUUUACCGUAGCGGUGAACAUAUUUCACAAUGAUGAAAAUAAUAUUUAAAUCACAAUGUGCCAAGACUUCUUAAAAUGUAGCAAGUAAGCGUGAUUCUAUCUAGUAACUGCAGUUGUGAUAUAGUUUCCGGCCACUUUAUUGCGAUAAUUCCAUAUCAAUGGUAAACGCGACAAAUUAAUACAUUUAGAUGUCUGUCUUAUUUGCACUUAGAAUUUAAUAGAAACGAAAUAAUGAGAAAGAAAAAAACAGAAAUUCCUCAGGUAAAAAAACAAACAAACAAAACAAAAUGAAAUAUUAAUGUUUAGCAUCAUCUUGGGAUUUGAUGUUCUUUGUUUUUGCAUUAUUGUUAUUCCCAAAGCACUGAUGCUACAAUUGACUAUAACCUUUGCUUUCAGCCCCAUACAUCUCAAGGCUCUCGUAUUAUCCCAGUGUCCAGAUUAUACAAUCCUACUAAAGACUACUAAUUUACCCUCAGAGACCCAGAGUUCUAAAUAGUAGACUGCCCUUCCCUUGGGUGUUUAGAUGCCUGUUGUAUAUGCUGUGAUCGAUUGUGCUAGUUUUGUCGUUGUUUAUAAAGUGUAUGUGAAUACUGUGAUUUUGUAAAAGUUGAAUUAAUUUAUUUUAAAUCUGGAUUCCUUUGGUUUUUUUCUGGAAGUGCGCUCAUACACCAAAGACUUAUACUAUUACUUUAUAGUGAAAUAUUGGUGUUUGAACUUGUGUCUUUUUUUACGUCAAGCAAUGAAGGUGAGAAGAGAAUCUAUGAAAUAUAUAUAUUUUGCAUUUUACUUGAAUCAGUGUGAUGUGACAGAUACUCUUCCUGCAUGUGUCCUGUGCAGUUUGAUACGGAUACUGAGUGCUUUAUAUAGUUCUGUACUAGUGCAGUGCUUCUGUCACUUGUCUGUGUAUGAUGUUCAGUAAGAAAAUCUACAUCUACAGUGGAAGAGACACAUUUUAAAUUAAAACUAUUCUGACGUCUUAAAAAGUCAUUUGCUGUGUUUGCUUUCCAUUUUUUAAUACCGUUGAAAUAAACAAAUUCAAUUAAACAAAAA